UUUUAACUCGCUGCAGGCGAAGAGAGGUUGAGAAAUGCGGGCACCGCGUGGGGAGGAACCCCCGCUGCUGUGUUAGUCCUCGCUGUCAACAGCCGUCCCUCUGCAGCUGCGCUCCCGGCUCCGAUCGCUCCGUGUGACGGGCGCUGCACGCAGGACAUCCCCGGGACUAUGUGAGCACCAUGCACGCUGUGCGGUGCCUGCUGUUCGCUACAGUGUGCGCGGGGACAGGUCUGAGGGAACCAGUCGGUCCGGAAGGAAUUCGGCUGCCGCCCGCAGAGGAGCUGGUUCAGCCCAAGCGGCUGCUGCUGCGACGGAUCCACUCCGAGGAGGAGCUGCUCCACGGCCGCCUGGACACGCGGGUCAAAAACUACACGGCCGAAGCGCAGCCGGUCCACGUGGCUCACAGCAGCUUCUUGGUGGAGGCCUUCGGCAAGUCCUUCGUCCUCGACCUGGAACUCAACCACAACCUGCUAUCCAGAGACUAUGUGGAGCGUCACUAUGAUGAGAAUGGGCAGCUGUCACAGAAUAAGGGCGGCGAGCACUGCUACUACCAUGGACGCGUGCGAGGGCGGCCGGGCUCCUGGGCGGCUCUGUCCACCUGCCACGGCCUGCGGGGAAUGUUUUCCGAUGGAAACGUCUCGUAUGGGAUCGAACCUGUCGGCAGUGGACAGGACGUCGUCCAGGAUCACAAUGACCACGUUGUGUAUCGUGUGCCGGACGUUGACCUCUUCCCAACUCCCUGUCCAGGAUGCUCUCUGAACGCCACCGAGCCCAGGAGGCGGACAGAGGGUGAGCUAAAGGAUGGAGACCGCUGGUCUGAAGAGGGCGAGCCUGUUUUUACAGAAAUCCUGAGACGCUCAAAAAGACAAGUGCGGCGAGGUCAGCGCACCGUUCAGACCGAGACCAAGUACAUCGAGCUGAUGGUGGUUAACGACCACGAGCUGUUUGUGCAGCUUCGUCGGUCGGCCACUCAGACGAAGAACUUUGCCAAAGCGGUGGUGAACAUGGCCGAUGCUAUCUACAAGGAGCAGCUCAACACUCGCAUCGUCCUGGUGGCCAUGGAAACCUGGUCUUCUGAAAACAAGGUCUCGGUGGGCGAGGACGCCUUGCUCACGCUGCGCGACUUCAUGAAGUACAGGAAGGAGAGCAUCAAGGAGCGCUGCGACGCCGUCCACCUCUUCUCAGGGAGGACGUUCAUGAGCAGCCGCAGUGAAGCAGCCUACAUCGGGGGCAUCUGCUCCGUCAGCAGGGGCGGAGGCAUCAACGAAUUUGGCAGUGUGGGUCCCAUGGCCAUCACAUUGAGCCAAAGCCUCGGCCAGAACAUCGGCAUGCUGAGGAACAAAGAGCGACUGGCUGCAGGAGACUGCAGGUGUCCUGACCCAUGGCUGGGCUGCAUCAUGGAGGACACCGGUUACUACCUGCCCAGGAAGUUCUCCCGCUGCAGCAUCGAUGAGUACUUACGAUUCCUCCAGGUGGGAGGAGGCAGCUGUCUCUUCAACAAGCCCAGCAAGUUGUUGGACCCACCAGAGUGUGGGAAUGGAUUUGUGGAGCCGGGAGAGGAAUGUGACUGUGGAUCGCUCGUGGAGUGUGCACGGAACGGCGCCAACUGCUGCAAGAAGUGCACCCUUACCCACAAUGCAAUGUGCAGCAACGGGCUCUGCUGCAGGGACUGCAGGUACGAGCUGAGAGGGGUGACUUGCCGCGAGGCCGUCAACGACUGCGACAUCCCCGAGGCCUGCAUGGGAGACUCCAGCCAGUGUCCUCACAACGUCCACAAGCUGGACGGCUACACGUGCGAAGCUGGACAGGGUCGGUGUUACGGAGGUCGCUGUAAGACCAGAGACGGCCAGUGCCGGACACUGUGGGGCUACAACUCGGCCGACCGGUUCUGCUACGAAAAGCUUAAUUCUGAGGGCACAGAGAAAGGAAACUGUGGUCCGGACUCCAGUGGUCAGGGAUGGGUGCAGUGCAACAAACAGGACGUCCUGUGCGGUUUACUGCUGUGCACCAACCUGACGGAAAGGCCGAGGUUCGGCGAACUUCAGGGGAAGGUCACCAGUCUGACCAUCCACCAUCAGAACAGAUACCUGGACUGCAGGGGCGGCCACGCCGUGCUGGACGACGGCCUGGACAUGGGCUACGUGGAGGACGGGGCGCCGUGCGGGCCGAACAUGAUGUGCUCGGAGCGCCGCUGCCUCCCCGUCACCACCUUCAACCUCAGCACCUGCCCGGGCUCCUCGGCUUCGGCCUCUCGCAUCUGCUCGCAUCACGGGACUUGCAGCAAUGAGGUGAAGUGUAUCUGUGACCCGGACUACACCGGGAAGGACUGUAGCGUGUUCGACCCGAUCCUCGUCCCCACGCCGGCGGAUGGCCCGGAGAAAUACAAAGAAACAUCCGGAGAGGAAGAUCUUCGUGAGUUUGAGUUGCAUCUCUUCGCUGUCCUGUCCUCUUUACACGCCGUCCAGUCGGCUCUCAGGAGACGAGACAUCUUCCACUUCAGACCCCUCCGACCUUCUUCUGUUUCUGAUUCCAUGAACGCCGCCUGCGCUGCUGUUCUCCUCCUGAGAAGCCCGCUCGUUAUUUGUUUUAAGUGCAGCAUGGAAGUUCCCACCAGAUCCGUGAUGCAGUCAAGCGGUUGUCUGGUUCCAAAUAUCUGCUUUAGUGUCACGCUCAUAUUUUUUAUUUACAACAUUUCUGCCCGGGACACCCGUGUGUUCAUUUUCUCUUCAGCUCAUCUUCAGCCACAUUGACUGAUUUACCCUUUUUCAUUUCAUGGAGAGCACAACGACCACCUCUCUGUUGUGUGACUCUACCUUCUUACUGCAGCAGACGUGCAUGAACAUCACUAACGGUGAAUGUCGACACUCUACCCGUCUGGCCGAGGGUUGUUUUGUGCGCCGGUACUUCACAUUCCACGGUAUUAGCCAUACUUUCUCUUACGCUGCCGUUCAUUAUGAAACAAUAGACCAUUCUAAUAAAUGCUUCUGCAUAGUACGCGUUGAUGUGUGAGUGUGUAGUUUAGGCCUGCAGGGAAGCUAGUUGUGUAGGACUUUGUAGCAUACGAGUAUGCUGCACAUGGGUGCUGAUGUACAUAGGGUGUCAUAAGGUUGACUUAUGAAGACAGCAGGGAGUCACUGCCGCUCUGAAUAAAAGCACAACUCCGGGGAGAGUGAAGACUCCUCCGGCCUCUCAGCGUAAAACUGCUACUUUUUGAAGAUUUUCCUUUCUGCGAGAGCAGAUUUGAAUCUGCAGCUUAGAGAAGUUUGAGCUCCUCUGGUUUUCCACCAAGUGUGGGAUGGCCGAUCGCUUGGAUCACAGAGAAAGAUGUUUGGAGUAUUGUGCGGUUCAUACAUGCCUUUCUGAGAUUUACAAACUGAGAAAUGAUGAAGUAGUUCAGAUAUUGACACAGGAUCUCACACAAUGUUCAUAGAUCAUAAUCUGACUUCCACGUGCUCAUUCAAACUGCCGAGGUAAAACUGGAAUUCCUACCGACUAGAUCGAUGAGCAAUAGAUAUGUAGAUAUUAUAAAUGUCUGAAAAUGAGUCAUCGAUGUGCAUGACUGUCUCCGUCUCCUCUUCUGCUACUCAGAGAAUCUUAAAUCAGGUUGAGAAGAUGUAGUUAAUGUGUACAAAGACGGCUUUGGACCCCUUUGCGUGAUCGCGUGUCUCGUAUCUUGAUCAGACUCAGACUUCAUCUUCAGAUCCAAAAGAAACAAAAGGUGUUUUAAUGCAAGGUGUGAAGGAUCCUCGUGUAUUUAGUGUUUAGUUUGUUUCACCAAAUAAUCGCACGUGUGCCGCGAGUUGAGUUGAUCCGAGUUUUACUGCCAGCAUCGACCUCCAGUAGCGUCAAAGGAAUACGUUGACCUUCGUCUGCCUCGGACAGGGCACAGAAUAAAAUAAAUCCCAAUGACUCAAAUGAGUGCAGUUUAGUCAUGGACGUUUAUUGUUGACUACGAAACGCUCACUUAUUUUCACUUUGAACAGCAGGUGUGGUUAGAACGGCCGUCAGCGGGGUUUUUCCUUUAAUCGGCCUCGGACGCUCUUCGUGCUGAAUACUCGCUGUGAAGGAUCUAAUGCGAAGACGAUGCUCCGGUCCCGCGGUGUUCCCCCGCUCACAUGGUAUAGUUGGACUCACUCACACAGGGACGUCCACAUUGUUUAUUCUAACAGGACCAGUAUUAGCUCGGCCUAUAAUGUAAAUAGUCAUAUUAUUGUAUAUUGAAAUGCAUAUUAAAACAUAUCUGAACCAC